AUGCAACAGAGAAACAAACUAAAACUGAGGAAGGACCAGUUGUCCUCUGGGUCCUCAAAGGAGAAGUUAUGGAAUACCUCCACUCCUACUGGCCAACAAGAAUCAAUAGACAACAAUACCAUGAUCUGCCAUGGAAAGAAUGGGAAGUCAGCUUUGAAACAACUGGGGAAGCAGUCCAAUUCAAGUAUCAGGGACAAAAGGCAUUUCUCUUCUGGAUCCCUUUCCAGGAACUCUGUGAAGGAGCAGAACCUAUCCCAGAGACAACAGAAACCAUCUCCCUCUACCUUGCCAUCAACAAUCUCCAAACCCUCCAAACCCUCCAAACCCUCUAUGAUAUCACUGCCUUCAGAAGAACAAGAUAAAGAGACACCUACCUAUCAGCUGAA